AUGACAAAAAAGUUCGCCUGCCUUGCGGCCUUGCCCGUUGAGAUUCUUCUCGACAUCUAUCAGCAUCUGGACCUUCGGUCCAUUCUUGAGCUUUCGCUUACAAAUUCCGAAUUCCUCAUCUUCUUCCAGCGACGAAAAGUUGAUAUUCUGCUACCAGUUCUCAUGCGUGACUUUAGCCCUUUUGACGAAUUUGUCCAGGUAUACACUGCUUCAGCCGGCGAUAUCACCAGAGGUGGCCUGUAUAAGCCAAGGAAGGUGGCGUUGCGACGAUUUGCCGGGGACGAAGGAUUGGUUCUGAGCAAUGGGAUUUCCUUUUCAAGUCUCGCCGGAGACCCAGUUGAUGGCAGCUUUACGCACGUCACUCACUCUCGACCCACGCCCAAAGUAUCAGGAUCAAGUCCCGACACUGUCUUUUUGACUACACUUGAUCUUGACGGUCUUCUCAAUCAAUGCCGCGUAGUGCGCGAGUGGCAAGAGCUGUUUCCGCAGAUGCGAUGGUUUCAUCAGCCUGAAGACUGUCGCUUUCUUCGCCCUCACGAGCAAUUGCGUUUCCGGAGGGCAUUGUACAGGUGGUGGUUGUACGGUAUCUAUUUUCAUGGCGACUUUCCCCGGCCUCGAGUUGGCCACCCUGAGCCCUUUGUGGACGAUAUACGUACAAGUCAGAUGCGGUAUCACUCGACGGCCGAACUGGUAGAGUUGAUGGAUUUUCUGGAAACUAUCAAGGACAUGAUUUUGCAAUAUAUUUGCCCUCGGCUGGAUCCAAGUCAACAACAGGCUUUUAUACAGACGCCUCUGGUUGAAGAUGUUGGCAGGAGUCAGUCCCUGGCUACAAGCUGGAAUGACCAAAGUCAUUGGGGCCGUAUCGUCAAGACGUAUGCAAAGCUAGGCCCCGAGGAUCUGUUAUACUACUUCAACAAUAUCUACAGCUAUCCCAGAAAACGACUGAUUACGGAAAUUCAGCUUCGGCAUCCAAACUUUACCUCGGACCAGGAGUCCAUCCAGAUUGCUAUCCGCUGUGCCUUGGAUGAGAGGAGCUGGCUAGAUAAGAUGGUCAACUUGGCAGAGCACGACGCCGGUGGCAUCAUCGAUUUUGAUGAUGAACGGGAUGAAGACCGUCUUCGAUUGCAGGGUGAUGCCAGUCCAACCGGACAGCUACCAGAGGGGUCGAGAUUAAUCCAGUCAUAUUCUCGCUACUCGCCCAGAGGUGAUGACGGAGCGUUCCUAGACGACUAUUUGCGGUUGUCGGCGGAAUCUCGGCUCACGGCAUCGGCAACGCCUUUGGGUGCCGUCAAUUAA